AAUACAAGUUUCAGUUAGAGUGUUUUCAGCUUGUUUAUAUUCAUCUAAAAUAUGGCAUGUGGUUGCUUUAAACAAUGGUAUAAAAAUCAUUCAAUGUAAAUUGUGAUCAUUUUAAUUAAUAAUCGCAAUUACAGUUUCAAAGGAAACUGUUUUCAUAAUCCUGCAGUCCUAAAUGAACUAAUAAAAAUGUAAAAUAAAUUAUUUAAGCACUAAAAAUAUUUAAUUUGUUUAACUGUACAUCAAUGUGGCCAUUAGGUGACAUCAAACUGGUUUUGUGGUCCAGUGUCACAUAUUACAAUGUUAGCUUAUCAAUUAGAGUUAUUACAGAGCGAGACGCAGAUAAGCUUCCAGCGGAGUUGUGAGUGAGACGCGCGGCGCGCGGCGCGCUGUAAUUUGAGAGCGCGUAAAAGCGCGCUGGACUCAGAUUACAGCCUCAGCGUCUCUCCUAAGUGCGCACAUACUCCUACUAGAGACUCCAGAUGUGGACAUCGUCCCUGUCAGGUCAGUCAGACCUUCCGUGUGGACAGAAGCAAUCCAUCAUGUUACCUUUCGCCCUUGGUCUGUUUUUAUUGCCGCUCUGCGCUGCGGUCUACAAGGGACCUUUGCUCCCUGAAAUGUCCAACGGGACUUUUCACCACUUCUUCGUCCCGGACGGCGAUUACGAGGAGACCGAAGAUCCGGAGAAAUGUCAGAUGCUCUUUAAAUGGUUCGACCGCAGACCGUGUCCGCUGGAGGAAGACCAGGACUCGAUCAUUCGCGAGGAUUUUAUCAUCAUGAAACAGCAGAUUGAAGACGCCGCGCGCGUUCUGGAGAGCCUCGGGAAGAGCGUUUCCUACGAGCUGGACGGCGAGGACAGUUAUGGGAAAUACCUGAAGAGGGAGAUUGUGCAAAUCAACGAGGCUUUUACAAGCGUGGAGAAAUCUCUUCUGGAGCUGGAGACGAAAUUCAAGCAAAGCCAGGAUACCGAGCAAAGAGAGGAGAAUGAGUUCACCAAUAACUUCAUCAACCCCAUGCAUAAUGUGAGGGACACUCUGCAGGAAACUCUGGACAUCUCUUCCGGACUCAAGGAUAAGCAUGAACUCAUCUCUCUGAUCAUUCGGAGUCAUGGAUCCAGGUUAAGCCGGCUUAAAAAUGACUACCUGAAUGUUUAGACUCACAGACUUUCUGGACAGACUACAGUCCGAGUUGGAUUGUUUUUCCCAAGUAUGUUAAACGUUGGAUCUCCAGAAUUUCCCAAAGUGUGAAACUCUUUGGUGUUUUUGGUUUUGUUUUUGGUGGUUCCUUCAUGCUUAAAAAUAAACAGUUUCAAUAGCA